UACUUGUAUUUAAAAUACAGUAUUUGAAAUACAUUUUGUAUUUUGUAUUUAAUCUUAGUUUGUCAAUGUAUUUUGUAUUUUGUAUCUUAAAUACAAUUAUCAUUGUAUUUUGUAUUUCAAAUACCUAAAACAUAUAUCAACCUUUACUUACUUUCGAGAAUGUAAACAUAAACAGGUAACUGUCGUAUUGUAGUAAAAACGGAUCUUUCUACUUUUGUUGUGUAAGUGUAGGUAAUUAGUAUCGUUAAUAAAGAAGUGCCAAAAUGUAAGGAUGAAGAACUAACUAAACUACGUAGUAUAGUACGUACAUAUGUGAUUGAUAUGUAUAAUAAAAGUCACUUCUUACAGUUCUCACAAAUCUCAAAUAAAGUUCGAUUAAUUGAUGAUUAAACGUACCUAAUUAGCCAAACCAAAAACGCACUAAUUCCAACAGCAUUGUACAAAUAUUUUUUAAGUAAAAACUAAAACAUUAAAAACGUAGCAGAUAAAAUGCAAAUCAAUGGUAUUGUAUUACAGACUCGACGCGUGCCGUGGCGCCAAAUCAGCCAUUCAUUCUUUUUUAUCAUCAUUUUACCAAGUGUUUGGCAAGCAUUUUAAGCACUUUAAAUCAGCAAAAUAAUACUUAAUAUUGGUAAAUUGUAGUAACUGUAACGGAUUACGACUCGGAUUACGAUUACAAUAAAUAACGUUUUGAUCUGUAAAAAGUACCAGAACUCGUUACGUUUCAAGUUUUAACGCUCCACUGGUUUACCUAUCUAUAAAAUACACAAAAUAAUGGUUUCUUAGAAUAGAAGCACGUAAUUCUAUUGUACAGGAGUACAGGUGGUGUACCUUUUUAACUUAAUAUUGUGACAAAUGUUUAUACAGGAAACGAAAUGACCAUUUUUUCGCAGAAAGAUGCAGCGUUUUAGGAAAUCUUAAUCUAUGUAUUAAGUUUCGUUUCCGAGAAAGGCGCUUUGUACUUUUAGCGUUUGGCUUAAACAAUAGCGUCCUUUGAAGAACAGUCAUCGCAUUAUAAAUUUUUGUUCGUGUCAAAUUGUAACUUUAUUUCCCUACUAAGCAGGCUGUUAUGUUAUGAAUAGUUAUUUUUCCAUAGACUCAAGACUGCGUAAAAAGCUUAGUUAGCUUAGUAUAAUAUAGCUGCUCCGUUGCUUUGGUUUGCACUAGAUACUGUUUGUUAAUAAAUUUCAUAAAUAGUUUAGUAUUAAAGUUUUGAUAGUUGUCAAUUAGCAAUUACCAAAGUAAGCCAUGUGUGAACAAGAACCAAGCACAAGUGCCAAUUUUAUGAUUAAAGAUGAAGACACAAUUCCGUGUAUUUUAAAUGGAAAGUUUUUUAAAAUAAUUUCGACUGAAUCUAGUGGUAAGGUUCGGGCCAAAUGUUUACUGUGCACCACCAAAGAAAACAUCAUAAGCGGAUCUAUGAAAGCAACUACUAAUUUUAAACUCCACAUAAAACGUAUUCACGAAUCGGCAUUACCUGAGUUUGAACAAUUUCUUGCGGAAAGUAGAAACAAAAACAAAAGAAAAGCGUCUGUUGCUUCUAGUUCUAGCGGUACCGCAAUGAAGCAGAUGAAAUUGUUUGAUCCAAUUUUACAAAAGUUGAGCAAACAGAAACAAUUGGAUAAAAAUAUAAUGCAAUAUGUAACAUGUAGCAUGAAGCCGUUAUCUACAGUUGAUGAUCCUUAUUUUAUUAAAAUUAUCACAGAUCUCAAUCCAGAAUUAAAAACUAUGUCGAGACGUACUCUAGGACGUAAUAUUGACAAAAGUUAUGCAGAAACAAUGCAGAAAUUGAAGACUAUUUUGCAAAACAUUAAUCAUGUUUCUACCACAGCCGAUAUUUGGUCUACAAAGCACAAAAGCUUUAUGGGAGUUACCGCACAUUGGAUUAGUCAAGACGAUUUAGUUCGACACAGUUGCGUUUUGGCUUGUCGUAGAUUCAAAGGUUCGCACACGUACGAUAAAGUUGCAGAGAUGUUGUACGAUAUAACAUCUGACUUUGGAUUACGGCACGAUCAACUCAUUUCAACAAUUACUGAUAAUGGGUCAAAUUUUGUAAAAGCUUUUGCUGAACAUGGAAUAAAAUUGAACAUCGGCGAAUCUACAGAUGAUGAAGCCGAUGAAGAAUCUGAAGACCAUGAUACACAAGGUGCUUCAGAAGAAUUGUCAGCGUCUUUUACAAUACCAGACAAAGAUGUCAUUACGUUGCCUAAUCAUUUAAGAUGCGCUAGUCACACUUUAAACCUAUUGGCAACUACAGACUUUAUGAAUGCAAUAAAAAAUUCUGCUGUAUCUCGUAUACACUAUCCAGCAUUAGCAAAAUGUACAGCGAUAUGGAAUGCGUCCUAAAACUUCUGAGGUCAUUGUGAAUGUGUUAAGCUGCAGUUUAACGUAUCCUUGCCCUACUCGUUGGAAUUCCUUGUAUGAUUCAAUUUUACAACUUUUAAAAUAUAAAGAACAUUUGGCUAGUGUAAACAUCAAUCUUGGAUUAGGACCAUUUAAAGAAGUUCAACUUGAAUAUUUAGAGGAUUAUUGUACUCUAAUGAAACCUAUAGCGGGAGCCAUUGAUUACUUGCAAAACGAGAAAACGUGUUUUUAUGGGCAACUUUUACCUACUUUAUUUUCAUUGAGGCAAAGGUUACACGUUCUUCAAGAAAAAUCUCUUCGGCACGCCGCUCCACUGUUAAAAACUAUGGAAAAUAGCUUGUAUCGGCGAUUUAAACAUUUUUUUCACCUUUCAGUAGAAAGUAAUGAAGCUAUAUUAGCAUCGUGCUUUCAUCCAACUUUUAAAAUGAGAUGGUUACCAUCCUACUGUUCUGAAAAUCAAAGAAA